UUCCUCUUCUGCACUUCAUUGCAUGAGAGUUAAAUGACUCAGCUCAGCAACACAACCUCCUCAUGUGAGGCUCAAUGGAAAAUGUGGCUUCUACAGGUCUUCGUGCUUAUAUAUUUGACCACUGUCUGUGCAGCUCAGGAAAGCGUUAGCCCAACUCCUCCAGUUGAAACGGAUGCAACUUUUAUGGCCACAACUGCCUAUGAUCCUCCUGUGCCUAGCCUGCACCUAGCGUCCGGUUCCUCAGAUGUCUUCACGUCAGAGAAAGUGAUAUUAAGUUGUAAUGUCAGCGGCAGCUCUGGCUGGACCUUCACCUGGCAGAAAGAUGGUCAACCGCUGAAUCAAAAUGCAGAUUUUUCUUUUCCAGGUGAUGGUUCAGUGCUUACAAUAACUGCAAAUAAAAAAGAUCUUACUGGUAAAUAUGCCUGCAAAGGACAUGACCAGAGAAAGGGCGAUGAUACUAAAACUAGUCAACUGGUUGAGGUCAAAGUUGCUGAGCUACCCACACUCACUCUGAAACGGGAUACUCCCUGGGCAGAUGUGUUCGAAGGUGAAGCAGUGAGUUUUAGAUGUGAACCGCCCAGCUCUCACUGGAAUAUCAUCUGGCACAAAGACCAAAAACCUAUGAAUGAAAAAGGAUCAUCAUUCAUCAUCAAGACAGUUACUAAAAGUGAUGAAGGAAAAUAUACAUGCCAAGCCCAGUUUAAAUCAAGAUCAGUCAUCUCCGGAUUCAGCAACACAGAAAGUCUAAAUGUUAAUCCAAACAACCCAAAGGUCUCUCUAAUCCGAAAACUAGACUAUGACAAAUUGUACCCUGAAGAAUCGAUCGAAUUCACAUGCAAUGUCAACUUAAUCUCUGAAUGGAAAUAUGAGUGGUAUCACAAUGGGACGAAAAUCGAAGGCUCCAGCAAUAAGAACUAUAUCAUAGUCUCUGUGACUUAUGACAACAACGGAGAGUACGAAUGCAAAGUCAAGAGAGGCGAAGGACCAGUAUACAUUAGUAAUAACAUAUCAGUACAAGUCGCUGACAGACCUACCCCAACUCUAAAGCUGGAGACCCCCUGGUCAGAUGUGUUUGAAACUGAAGUGUUGAAAUUUAGCUGUGAAGUACCCAGCACCGAAUGGACAGUUACCUGGUACAGGGACCAACAUAAUCUGAAAGAAGGACCAUCUCUCGAGAUCACUUCUGUCAGAGACGAAGAUGGAGGAAAAUAUACCUGCAAAGCUCAGCUGACAUCCAGAAAAGUCUGGUCUGGUCCGAGUAAUCCAGUAGUUAUCAAUGUGCGGGAAAAGCCCAUGCCCGUGUUGACCAAAAGCCCAAGCUUCCCUAUGAUGUACCCUGGAGAAUCUAUCAAUUUCACAUGUACUGUUGGUGUGUUCUCUGGAUGGGAAUAUGAGUGGUAUCAUAAUGGGAACAAAGUCCUAUUUCCCAGCAGUAGUACCAAUAGUAUAGGAAAUCUGUCUCAUGACAACAGUGGAGAGUAUCGAUGCGUGGCUAAGAGAGGCGCGCUGAGAACAAACAGUCGCUCUGUUUCCCUGCAAGUUUCUAAUCCACCUAAGCCGAUUCUGAAGCUGCUAAGUCCCUGGCAGAAUGUUUUUGAAAAUGAGACCUUGAAGUUCAGCUGUGACGUGAGCAGUUCUGAGUGGAUCUUUACCUGGUACAGAGGUCAAGCUAAACUCCAAAAUAACUCACGUCUGAUACAAAAUGAAAAAGGGUCAAUGCUCAACAUCUCAGCUGUCAGAUCAAGUGAUCAAGGGCAGUACACCUGCAAAGCUCACCUUAAACAAAGAGUAGUCAUCUCUGAAUCCAGCUACAUAUCUGUGUCAGUUUAUGACAGAAUACCAACACCCACAUUAAACAUAAAACCAUUGUUUACCCCAAUGUAUAUUGGAGAAACUGUGAAAUUAAAUUGCGCAGUAAGUGUUUCCUCUGACUGGAGUUAUGAAUGGUACAAAGAUGGAACCCCCGAUCCCCACAAAACUGGCAAAGAGAUCAGCAUAAAAGUGAAUCUUUCUGAUAAAGGAGGAUAUUCUUGCAAAGCCAAAAGAGGUGAAAAAACAUUAACAGGACAUAGUAAUACAGUACAACUAGACGUUCAAGAAAUUCCUGUUCCCUUACUGAAGCCAAAAACCCAGUGGCUGGAUGUGUUCCCCUCUGAGGGAGUGGAGCUGAGCUGUAGUAUGCCAGGAAGCUCUGGCUGGACAUUCACGUGGUACAAAAAUCCAGCAGAUGAUGCUAAAGACACUACCACUAUGAGUAAUGAGGGAGAAAGUCUUUCCAUCACUAAUGCUAAAGCCAUGCACAGAGGAAAGUACACGUGCUCGGGAAAACUGAAGGAGAGGUUUGUUAGCAGCAAGAACAGCUCUGAAGUCACACUUCAUGUCUAUGAUGAAAAACCAACAGUCACACUGCAGCAGAAUCCCGAGGAUAAUUUGAUGCACACCAGCGAUUAUAUCUCCUUCACCUGUCAUGUCAAUGUCUCCUCUGGAUGGAAUUAUGUAUGGUACAAAGAUAAAAACCCUAUUGACACAUCUGGAAUUGUUCACAACAUCAGUUCUGCUAAGACAUCACAGAGUGGAUCAUAUCAAUGCCAAGUUAAAAGAGGAGCAAAAACAAUGUUUUGGUCAGAAAACAGUCAAGCUGUAAAACUUACAAUUGCAGAGCGCCCAAAGGCAGGAAUAACCCUGUUAACUGGCUGGUCUGAGGUCUUUUCCACUGACAGCUUAGUUCUACAAUGUGAUGUGGAUGAAUCGAACAAAUGGAACUACACAUGGUUUAAAGAGGACAAAGAACUCUAUUCCUCAUUGAAAUAUACAGUCACACCUCAGGAUGACCCUGAGCAGAGCCUAUACACCUGCCAGGGCUUUAGCGACAAGAGACCACUGUAUUCAAAACCCAGUGACUCCUACAGAACCAAGAACCUCCUUUUAAAGAGGAGGAUCCUUCUUUCUAUCUCUGGCUGUCUUUUCUUUGGUAUCAUAGCAGUUUUCAUUGGAUGCAUUGCCCUAAGAAUCUUCCGCAAACCAGUUGCUGUGGGUGACAAGCAACAGGAGCCCAAUCUGUUUCUCACCAUGGCUCAGUUAAAGGAUCGAAACGAUGCACCCAGUCCUCUGAUUGAGUACAUCACUGAAGCAGAUCUGAAUCCACCUGACAAAGAGGGAGAAGAGAAUGGCACGAGUUGCAAUGAAACAACACCACUCCCAAUAUCUUCACCGGAAGAGCAAGGUAUUCUUUUCAGACUACAAUGUAAUUCUCUAAUAAGGAUGAUUAUGCUGUACCAAACAGAAAACAAUUCCGCAUCUUUGUUUUCAGCUGUGACCACCAACGGCAAGGACACAACAGAAAACGGUGGCGGAAUGGUUUCCUUUCUACACUGAAUUAUCUGAAAAUGACCCCAAUGUUGUUGUGGUUGCCACAACCCUAAAAUGUUGUUCACUGGUGGUUACAUAUAUUUGAGAGACAAAUGCGCCAUCGCCAGGGCCCAACGUAAAGUCCUCUGUCAUGGCUUUCGAGUCAGCAAACUUGUGACUUGUCUGCAUUACAUGAAAAAGUGUUAGUUGUUCAAGCAAAUAGGUGCUUUUUUUAAUAGUCAACAUUUUCAGAUUCAACUCAUUAAAAUGUGUGUAGAUCUGCUUUGUAUAAAUAACCUGGUAAAACACAUUUAUUUUAGAGUUGUGAAUAUUUUUAGUGCAUCUUUGUUUAUCAUUUGGUUCGUGCUUCAGUUCUCCAAACAGACACCGGAUGUCAGCAUAACUUCUUCCAGUUUUGUUUUUCAUAUUGUAAAUGGUUCAUAACUGAAUUUAAUUGAUUUGUUCUUAAAAAAGUGACUGGUUGCAUAUUGUUUGAUAUAUUCAUCUCAAAAUUUUGCACCUUCAUGUAUUAAUUUUUAAAAAUAAAAGUAUAAAAUGUU